UUGAAUGAUGACAUCCCUGCCUUUAAUUUGUUUGAUUCUCAUAAUCAAAUUUUUACACGAGCCCGUUUAUUACCUCCUUCAAAAGUAAGCAAUACCUUGAUAAACAAAACAUUGGUAGCCGAUGGAUGUAUCGUUUUUGCAGAAAAAUUAGAGAAUAGUUUAAUCGGUAUUCGUAGUAGAAUCGGAGAAGGAAGUACCUUAAAAAAUUGCUAUAUGAUGGGAGCUGAUUUUUACGAAACAUUAGGUCAAUUAGUUGAUAAUCAAGAUAAAGGAAUCCCUAAAAUAGGAAUAGGUAAUUAUUCUUCUCUUGAAAAUUGUAUCAUUGAUAAAAAUACUCGAAUAGGAAAUCAUGUUAUUAUACGAGGCGGAACUCAUAUAGAAGACCAAGACAAUGAUUUAUUUACUGUUCGAGACGAGAUAGCUGGGCUUCAAUACAAAGUUGAGAAAGACCAAAAGUUAUUUGUAAACCGUUUGCAAGGGGAAGCCGGGGACGCUGUAACGUUCGAUAAGGUAUUACUCAUCAAUAACGGAGCAGUAACCGUAGGCGCCCCGUCUAUAAAAGGAGCUUCCGUAGGAGCAAAAAUUUUAGAUCAAGUAAAAGGAGACAAAGUAAUCGUUUUCAAAAAGAAAAGAAGAAAAGGAUACCGAGUAAAGAACGGUCAUAGACAACAAUUUACUCAGAUACAAAUUGUUUCCAUU